AUGCUUGGUGUGGUGGGCACGCGCACGCUGCCGCGGCGGCACCGGCAGGCCAUCGCCAGGGUCGCCGUCUCGGCGCUGGUGGCCUCGCUGCCACUGCUCUACGUGUCGCUGCUGCGGCCGCCGCCGGCCGCCCUGGCGGGGGACACUGCCUUCUGGUUCCUCAUGUCCAACUGCGUCAUCGCUGCCAUCGUCGCCACCGCCGACGACGCCGGAACGCUCUUCUUCGGCUCCUCCUCCAACGACGACGAUCCUUGUAACGGUGACGCGGUGGUUCCUUUGGCGGCGGUUGACGACCCGGCUGUCGUGACUAUGAGAGGCGGAGGCGUCCAAGAAGAGGUGGCCGGCAGCAACCCCGUGGACCUUGCUGCGUCGCCUUUUCUGACCCAAGCUGAAAGUGGAGAUGCAGCGAACAGGGCUGGCACGGGCCUGCAGCCGAACCACAUGCAUGUUUCGGUACUCCUGCAGCGAGGUGAGCAACACGAGGCGCCGAUGGAGCCGGGCACCGACGACAAGGACAGCACCGCCGUGACGAUGGUGAUGAGAGGCCAAGGAGACGAAGAUGGAGAAAUAGCUAGCCCCACCCCGGCUUCCGACAGAGCAUUGGCUGAGCCGCAAGAGGCAGAGCCAGAGCCAGAACCAUGGGUGCCAAAGCUUGUGACAAGCAAGAGCCUCCCUGAUCAGGAGGUGCAGGAGGAGGAGGAAGCAGCUGACGAGGAGUGGCCAGUAGCACUCUAUUCUCGUCCACCGGACGUGCUGGCACACGGCAAGGGCGGGAGACUCCGGCGGUCGGCGACGGAUGGGAGCAAGUCGGCGGCAGAGGAGAGCGAGUACUGGCAACUGAGCGACGAGGAGCUGAACAGGAGGGUGGAGGAUUUCAUCGCGCGGUUCAACAGGCAGAUGAGGCUACAGAUCGAGCAGGAGGCUGAUGUGUGA